CACCGCCAUGGACUCAAUGGCGAUGGAGAUGACGCCGGAAUGGGCUGCGUCAGUAUGGCCUGUGUGUAACAAUCUGACGGUUCACGGUCCGAAUUCGAACCAGAAGCCGGCGUCCAGCAUUCGGAUGGCCGCCAUGACAGGAAGGGACAGCUGGUACGACAUGGAGAAGUACUCUCGGACCGUCACUUGGGUAUGUCUUGCCCUGAUCGGUGUCGCCGUGUUGCCCGGAUUCAUGGGCUGGGCCAGGAGACGAUGGCCGAAGCGGGCGUUGGCGACUUUGCAAUCUAUGCCCUUCUACUUCAGGACCGCUGCCUUUCUCAGAUCCAUUACGUAUCAAAGGUGCAGCCUUCCACUUGGGCGAGGAAAGCGCAUCGACAUUCCGGAUCUAGGCAAAACUCUCGUCAUCGCCUCAUUCUCCAUCGGCAUGAUCGUCUGGUGCUUUGCCGUGACGCCCUACUACCGUUGCACGCGAGAAUGGGGCUCGCCUCCCUUGGCCAUCCGUGCUGGCAUGCUCGCCAAUGGCAUGAUCACCUUUGUCUUUGCAUUCGGCACAAAGGUCAACCUCGUCACGGCCCUCACCAACAUCGCCCACGAGCGUCUCCAGGUCUACCACCAGUGGCUGGCGCGUCUUGUGCUCUUCUUCUCCGUCGUCCACACCAUCCCGUUCAUUGUUCAGCCGUUGCGUGACGGCGGCAGCCACAACCUUUAUCUCUGGUGGUACCACAACGGGCCAGAGAUGUGGAACGGGACCGUAUCGCUAGCCCUGCUUGCCUGGAUUGUGGCAUCAUCGACGAAUGUGUUUCGAUCGUGGAGUUACGAGUUUUUCGUGGUGCAGCACCUCGUCUCCGUCAUUCUCUUUAUCGGCUUCUACUUUGCUCACACGGGAAACGAGCUCAACUCUUGGUUGUGGCUGUGGGCUGCCAUUGGCCUCUGGGGUCUUGCGACCUUGAUUCGAUGGGCUCGAUCGGCCAUGGCCAGCGGGUACUUUGUCUCGACGAGAGCCUCCGUCGAGGUUCAUUCCAGCUCCGACAAACGCGACGCCAUGGUUCGCAUCGCCAUCCGGACGCCACUGAGAUGGUCCCCAGGACAGCACGUCUUUGUCCGUUUCCACACCAUGUCGCCCUGGCAAGCGCAUCCAUUCACCGUUGUCACCCUGCCCCAACCCAGCGACCACCAGGAUUCGGUCGUCGUCUUCCUUGCGCGUGUGCGAGAGGGACUGACGAGGAAGCUUUACGAGCGAGUCGUACAGGAAGACCGCGAGCAGGGCGAUGACGACGCCAUUGAAAAGGGCGGGAGCAGCUUCAAGUCUUCCGACGCGUUGCCUCUCCUUGAGAACAGCGAGCACGAGGGACACGACGACGAGAAUCUCCCAACCAAGGCAAAGUUGCUUCCGGCCUCCAUCGAUGGUCCAUAUGGCUGUAGCGCCAGCAUGGCCUCGUACCACUCGCUCGUCAUUGUCGCUGGCGGCUCUGGUAUGACCUUUGCGCUUCCCAUCCUCUUCGAUCUUGCAUGGCGAGGGAGGACGGGUAACGUCUGUACCCGCGACGUCGUCCUAAUCUGCUCCGUCCGGACACCAGCGACACUUUCUUGGAUCAGACACCAGCUGGAAGCAGUGUUGACAUCCCUCGCAUCGUACGGCAUCACAGUAAGGGCCGAUGUCCAUGUGACCCGGUCGGCUUCGAAGGAGUUGCCCAUCUUGCAGGGAUGCGAUGCUCACUUGGGCAGGCCGCAAGUGACUGCACGUGUCGACGAGGCCAUUCGUGCACCCGCGACCUCUUUCAUGCAGGAGAGCCGCGCAGUCGUAGUGUGCGGGCCUCAGGAGAUGAGUCACGAGGUACAGGAUUCGGUUGCCAGUGUCCAGUCGGACCUCUUGAGGGGACGACUAUCAAACGUCGUUGAAGUUGCCCUCGUCCGAGAGAGCUUUGGAUGGUAGCCUCUCUUCUUUCUUUCCGUCUAUUUUUUUUCCGCCGCAUCUUUGUGUCAUAUCCCAUCAAUCAUUCAAUUCACAG